UGCUACUCUGGGAAAAUAUCAAGAGUGUUAUAAAUUAAUCCCAAGUGUUAUUAAUUUCGCUCAAGAUUUACUAAUAAUAAAAUAAUAAUUGCACAAAAAUUGAAUCUGGAUUGGGAAAGUCACAUCAAUUGAAAACUUCACAUGUUUGCUUUAAUUCUGCAAAAGGUUUGUUUGACGCUGUAAGCAAAAGUGUUUUAACACUGUCAAGCCAAAAUUGCAAGUGUAAGCGCGGUAUUGUUUUGGUGCCGCACGUGCGUUUUGUAUCAUUAGUUGAUUUUCGCAUUUUUAAAGUAUUAACAAUAUAGUUUGAGAUUAAUAAAUGAAGAUAAAAUAGUUCAUUAAAAUGACUGUUAAAGAAAAAAGUUUUCCUCGGGGUGGUUUAGCACCUAAAGAGAACCAAGCAGAAAAGCCAAAACAAGACAUUGUUUUUGGAGCAGUUCAGAAGAAAGUAAAAAAAACUAAGCCGAAAAAGGAAAUUAUUAACGAGGAUGAUGAGAAAAAUGUAAUCGAAACAAUCUCAGCAGAAUUGCUUAACUAUGAGACCAUACAGGAGAGCAUGCUUAUAUUGGGGGUAAUUAAAUCUAUUAAUAAUUUAAAUCUCAGAAUAUCUUUACCUGGACGCAUAUCGGCACAAGUACAUGCAUUACAAAUUUCGGAUGCAUAUACGAAGGUUGCUAGAGAGUUUGUGGAGAAAACAGAUAGUGCCAAUAAUUACAAACCUCUGAACGAAUUAUAUACGGUCGGUCAACUUGUUUAUGGACGUGUGCAGGAACUGAAGCAAAUCACACGCAAAAAUGUUGAAGUUAAUAUUUCGUUAAAACCUUCAGUAGUUCAUGCCGAUUUACUGCACAAUAACAUUAAAAAGGGUUUCAUUUUUAAUGGCGCAAUUGAAGAAAUUCAAGAACAUGGCUUUAUAAUAGAAACUGGAAUAAAAGGAUUGCGAUGUUUUUUACCAAAGGAAAAGGCAAAAACAGCUCCAUCAGUCGGAGAAUUGAUCUUUCUUAAAGUCGAAAAAAUUACAUCAGAUAAAGCAGCUAGUACAUGUAUAUGUAAGCAGUUAGAUACAGCUUCACUAAACAUCAAAAAUCAGUUGGAAGCGAAUCUAGAUUAUUUAUUACCAGGCAGUAUUGUACAGUUUAACGUAACUAAAAAACUAAAAGAUGGCUUGCAAGGUACUAUAAUGAAUGAAGCGUUCACUGCUUAUAUAAAUGAACAUCAGCUACAAGAGCCUUUGGCACUACCAGAAGAUUAUGAAUUGAAAACUAAACUGAAGGCGCGUAUACUCUAUGUCAUGCCACUAACUAAACUUGUGUAUUUAACAUUAAAUUUGGAAAGAACGCAAGAUAUAGAAGAAGAAGAUAAUGGAAAGGAAGCAGCUUUGCGAACGGAAUUUAAACGCGGCGAUAUUAUAGAAAAUGCAAGAGUACAUCAUGUAGGAACUGGUGGUGUGAUAUUGAUUUUAAAUAAUAAAUUUAAGGGCAUUAUAUCGUACAAAAGCAUCAAAGCGAAUUAUAAAGGAAAUUAUGAUCAAGAUGAAAUGCUUGCAAAGUAUGCCAAAAAAACAAAGCUAACAGUUCGUGUACUUGACUACGAUUUAAUGGAUUCAAUGUAUAUAUGUACAGAUGAUUCUAAAGUUAUCACCGAAAAGGUGUUUACUUUAGAUGAUGUGAAACCUGGUGAUUUCGUAACAGCUGUAAUAAAAGGAAUUAAUGAGAAAGUAGAAGGAUAUAACGUGCAAAUAGGUAGAAUGAAAGGAAUUAUAGAAAAAUUAUUUUUGGCUCCUACUUCCAAGCACUUGGAAAUUGACUCAAAGGUACGUUGCCGAAUUGUAGCCAUCAAUACACAAUACAAAAAUUUAUACCUUACUAAUCGGCCAGAAUAUAUGGUAAAAAAUUGCAAAAUAUUAACUUCACUGGCAGAUGCUGAAAAAAAUAAAGUCUAUAGUGGCACUGUAGUUUCACACAAUAAAAAUAACAUACUUGUAAAAUUUUUUAAUAACAUUAAAGGAGUACUUCAUCGUCAGCAAUUAAACACAGAGCUAUCAAAUGAGAUGGAUAAUUUUUAUGUUGGCCAAACAAUGCAAUUUCGCAUAGCUGCUAGGAAGGAUGAACAAAUCUCACUUGGUUUAGUAGAUUCUGUUUUUAAAAUGGGCGAAAUAUGUCCUGCUACAGUUGUUAACAAUCUUGAUUCUGGGUUAGAGAUAAAAAUAGAAUAUGACGAAGAAGCAAACGAAACUAGCUACAUGAAGGGACUUGUGCCCAUACGUCUGUUAUCAGAUUUUAACGAUUUACUUCUUGCUCAAAUGAACAUACAUCCACCAAAUAGUGAUUUGCAAAUUUGUUGUGUAAAUAAAAAUAUAUUCAGUUUGCGUGAUGUGGAAUACUUUCUACAAAAUUGUACGAAGACUUGGGGUACAGUUAAAAUUGGCGACAUCUUAAAAGCUACAAUAAAAAAUGUUGCAGAAAACACUCUCCACUAA